UUUUCGUUAGAAUGUCCAAAAUUACUUUGUACUAUACGAUAACAAGUCCUCCAUCGCGUGGUGUUAUACUCGCUAGCAAAGCUUUGGGCGUUGAUUUGCAAUUGAAAAAUGUGGAUAUGAGCAAAGGUGAACAUUUAACACCGGAAUUUCUACAGCUCAAUCCUCAACACACUGUUCCAGUGAUUAAUGACAAUGGCGUCAUCGUUUUUGAAAGUCACGCUAUCGUCGCUUACUUGUGGGAAAAGUAUGCCAAUGAGAGUAGUCUGUACUCGUUCGACAAUUUCCAACGAGCUCGAAUCAACGCUCUUUUACAUUUUGACACCGGAUAUCUAUUCCGUCAUUUCGAUCAUUUGUACUACGAAAUUUACGAUUACGGUGCGACGGAUGUGCCACAAAAAACGGUAAAGAACUUGAAAAAAUGUUGGGCCAUCAUGGAAAACUUUUUGGCUAAUGGAAAUUUCUUGUGCGGGAAUGAGAUGUGCAUUGCCGAUAUCAGUUGCAUUGCAACGUUAACUUCAGUGGACAGUUUUUCGCCGAUAGACAGCGCCACAUAUCCGAAACUCGUUGAAUGGGUCAAAACUAUGAAGGCAUUGCCGUUCUACGAGCAUAAUAAGAAUGGUGCGGAAUUGGUACAGAAGAUAAUGUGGGAAAAGAUGGAAGCGAACAAAACAGCAGCAAAGUGAAAAUGAAUUCCGUU